AUGGUCGUGGGCUCGGAGGGAGCUCAUCCGCCCUUUGACAGACCCUUCCCUUCCGAGGAGACCACAGAGAAUGACGAUGAUGUCUACCGGAGCUUGGAGGAGCUGGCUGAUGAACAUGACCUGGGGGAGGAUAUUUAUGACUGCGUCCCCUGUGAAGAUGAAGGAGAUGAUAUCUAUGAAGAUAUCAUCAAAGUGGAAGUUCAGCAACCCAUGAAAAUGGGAAUGACAGAAGAUGACAAAAGAAAUUGCUGUUUGCUAGAAAUCCAGGAAACUGAGGCCAAAUACUACAAAACACUUGAAGACAUAGAAAAGAAUUACAUGAAUCCACUGAAGCUGGUACUCACUCCGCAAGACAUGGAAGCUAUUUUUAUCAAUUUGGAGGACCUCAUUAAAGUGCACUUCAAUUUCCUGAGAGCCAUCGAUGUGUCUAUGAUGUCUGGAGGAAGCAGCUUGGCAAAAGUGUUUCUGGAAUUUAAAGAAAGGCUAUUGAUUUAUGGCAAGUACUGCAGCCAUAUGGAAUAUGCCCAGAAUACUCUGAACCACCUCAUCGCCAACAGAGAGGAUGUUAGGCAAAAAGUGGAGGAAUGCACAUUAAAAGUUCAGGAGGGGAAGUUCAAAUUGCAAGAUCUGCUGGUGGUGCCAAUGCAGAGGGUCUUGAAGUAUCAUCUCCUAUUAAAAGAGCUUCUCAGCCACUCGUCAGAUCGGCCUGAGAAGCAGCAGCUCAAGGAAGCUUUGGAAGCCAUGCAGGACUUGGCCAUGUACAUAAAUGAAGUCAAGAGAGACAAAGAAACCUUAAAGAAAAUAAGUGAAUUUCAGAGCUCUAUAGAAAACUUGCAAGUGAAACUGGAAGAAUUCGGGAGGCCGAAGAUAGACGGUGAACUGAAAGUGCGUUCAAUAGUAAACCACACGAAGCAGGACAGGUAUUUAUUUUUAUUUGAUAAAGUCGUAAUCGUCUGCAAAAGAAAAGGCUACAAUUAUGAGCUGAAGGAAAUUAUUGAGCUGUUCUUCCAUAAGAUGACCGACGAUCCCAUGAACAACAAGGACAUUAAAAAGUGGUCGUACGGGUUCUACCUAACUCACCUUCAAGGGAAGCAGGGUUUCCAGUUCUUCUGCAAGACAGAAGAGAUGAAGAGGAAGUGGGUGGAGCAGUUUGAAAUGGCCAUGUCCAAUAUUAAGCCAGAGAAAGCCAAUGCAAAUCACCACAACUUCCAGAUGUACACGUUCGAGAAGACGACCAAUUGCAGAGCUUGCAAGAUGUUUUUAAGAGGAACUUUCUACCAGGGCUAUCUUUGCGCACAAUGUGGGGCAGGUGCUCACAAAGAAUGCUUGGAAAUCAUCCCACCAUGCAAGAUCAGUUCCUCGGCAGACCAGGACCCGUUAAAUGUAGGACCUGGUCCUAAAAUGGUGGCAGUUCAGAAUUACCAUGGCAACCCAGCUCCUCCGGGGAAACCAGUGCUAACAUUUCAAACUGGGGAUGUAAUAGAGCUGCUGCGAGGGGACCCGGAUUCCCAGUGGUGGGAGGGGAGGUUAAUACAGACCAAGAAAUCGGGUUAUUUCCCCAGCUCGUCAGUAAAGCCCUGUCCUGUGGACGCCAGGCCUCCCAACAGCCGGCCUCCGUCGAGAGAAAUAGACUACACCGCGUACCCUUGGUUUGCAGGGAACAUGGAGAGGCAGCAGGCCGACAACCUGCUGAAGUCACAUGCGAGUGGGACAUACCUGAUCCGGGAGAGGCCAGCGGAGGCUGAACGCUUUGCAAUCAGCAUUAAGUUUAACGAGGAAGUGAAACACAUAAAGGUGGUGGAGAAGGACAACUGGAUUCACAUCACAGAAGCCAAAAAGUUUGAAAGCCUCUUGGAAUUAGUUGAGUACUACCAGACCCACUCGCUGAAGGAGAGUUUUAAACAGCUGGACACAACAUUAAAGUACCCGUACAAAUCGCGGGAACGCUCUACCUCCAGAACCUUCGCUCGCUCCCCAGCUUCCUGUGCUUCCUACAACUUUUCUUUUCUCAGUCCUCAGGGCCUCAACUUUUCUUCUCAGAAUUCCUCUACUCCUUUCUGGUCAGUGUUCACACCUCGCGUCAUAGGGACGGCAGUAGCGCGGUACAACUUUGCAGCGCGGGACAUGCGGGAGCUCUCCUUGCGAGAGGGUGACGUGGUGAAAAUCUACAGCAGGAUAGGCGGGGACCAGGGAUGGUGGAAGGGAGAAACAAAUGGAAGAAUCGGUUGGUUUCCUUCGACCUAUGUGGAGGAGGAGGGAGUGCAAUGAGUCCCAGGUCUCUGACAAAAGACGCCCAGAAAAAGCCGCUGCAGACUGUGCACAGUUGUCCCAGCACCCAGGGCUCCAAGUGAAAUGCAAUCAGAAAUCUUCCAGUAUUACCAACAGCCACCCUAUUACGAAUUCUUCUGCAAUCAGUCCUCUGUACAGUGUGUGUGCGUGUGUGCGUCGGGGGGUGCCACUGGCUUCCGGUCCUUGGUUGGGUUACUUGUAUAUAAGAUUUAUAGUCUAUCGGGUGUUUGUGUGACAGCAGAAGUGACCUGGGAAAGUCGCUCUCAACAGCCUAGACGAAGCACCGAGAGGCUCAAUGCAGCUGUGGCCAGAGACAUUCUCCAAGCUGGUCUUAUCAAGGGUGUUUCAGAAGCCACCGUGGUGUUGGCAGGAGGAUGGGACAGGGUGGCUCCUGGACUGAUGCCGGGAGUCGUGGGGGAAUGCUUUCAGAUCUCUGCUGAGAGGGAGCGAACUGACACCCCUUGCUGCUUGAAUGGACUCUGCUGGAUACUGGUUUCUCUGGGCAGGUUGGUACGUCGUGGCAGAGCCCACUAAGUCUGCUGGCGACGGGAGGAGGUGGGGGGGGAUGAAGGCACCGCAACCUGCUGCAAGGAGACUGCUCUCAUUUGAUGCCUGUAUGGAUCUAGGGAAGGAGUUUUUUUUAACAGAUAAGGAUGAGUCUGAAGCCAAACGACAGAGCUGGGCACACCUACCUGUUAGCAGAGACCCCCUUAUUUUGUAUCACAUGCCCUUUCUCUUAAGGCUAACUUUGGUCCCAGUAAGCUCACUCAGGGCAGAGGAGAGACGGUCCUUUGUGGUGACGGCCACAUCUGGAUCAGGAGGUCUGGUCGCAUUGCAGGGCUGGGGAUGUGCCUUCCCCAGGAAGAGUUUUUGCAAAUCAUCAGUGACAUGAGGGAUGGCACAUGUGAUAAUAGAUACAAAUGUGCAUCGUUUGCUCCAGUGUGUCCGCCGCUCUCAUAGCCUAUCUACCUUUCCUAUUCCUAACAAGGAUAUAUGUAAGCCACCCCACCAAACUAACGGCCUGUUCUUGCAGCCAUUAUGGCUCAUUGAGCUCAAUGGGGCCUACUCGGUAGGUGAGGGCUGUAAAACCAACCCCCAAGUUGCACAAAGCCGAUGUUAAACAGUCUCUCCUUUGGCCACCAUUUGGCAUGACGUACUUUGCCCACCUCCCAGCUGUUCGUUGCUGUGAGUUAGAGAGAAUCUGUGUUUCCCUUUCAUGUUGUCUCUCUCUCAUUGCUUUUGUGCCCUGAAUGAUGUUCAUCCCCUCCCUUGCUUUCCACGUGGCGACCCUUUUCAGUUGGCGAGGAGGAUGGUUGAGUGGAGUCCGCUGCAAGAGACUUCUGCCCUUUGGUCCCCAGACCAGAACGUCCACCCGAAGUGCACUCAUGCAAAACCACCAACAAGAAGCAAACCCCAGGGAUGUCAUUUGAAGUGCCCUUUUGCGUGUUUGCUUCCUUUCCUUCAAGGUGUUCAGCAGCCCCAUACCUUGUAACUUUGCUGCUGAGCUCUGUCUCUGGGCAAGAUUCUUCUGUCAUCAGCACCGGUGUAAAUCCAGAGGAGCUGCCUGCAUGAGAUGUAUGCAAGACCUAUGCAAGGGUAUGUCUCUCUCCUGCAGUGCACCGCUGAAGUCCUGCCUGUCGUGACAGAAGAGUAUAGAGAUCUUACCUAGCCGUUUUGCAAGCGCUCCGAGUAUUAUCUGGGGAAGAACAGCAGACGUUGUGCUGCCAAAUUGGGAUGGAAAAGCCAUGAGGAGCAUUCUGUGACCUUGCCAAGGAGGAAAACUGAAUUAACUUUGAAAAUGAGCUUGCUGUUAGCUUGGGACAAUAGUCUGGUCUCUUGUUUCGACUCAGUCCUUGGGUUUUCAUUCUUCUCCUGCAUUGGGUCUUGGACUGAGCUUGCUCACCAGCUGCUCAGUACUCCUUGUGCCAAAGCUGCCAGUGAACCUCUCACAUUGCACUGUAUGGGUUAGAAACUAUUUCCCAAUUGAACUGUGCCCCUGCUAUAACAGACUCAUUCAGAUGGCUGCUGCCCAAAUGCCACCAUCCGCAGACCCCUGCUACCAGGCGGGCAUUAUCGUUUGCAUGCAACCAAGUGCAUCUUGCUCUGCCGAGUGAGGGCCAGGACCAAGCGGUUCGAUGGCAUUUCCAGUGGUUUUAUGAAGGUCAUUCCUUGGUGCUAACCUAUUCCAAUCCAGCUCAGUUCAUUUGAGUUUUAAUUGUUUGCCAGUCCUGUAUCUUUGCCUUUCAUCAUCUCAGCCUACCAAUAUUGAAAGGAGACGCGGCAGCACUUUGGAGAGGGGAAAGUGUAAAGGAGACUCAGGGAAGUUAAGUGCUCAGCUCUUACUGAAUAUCAAUGAAAGCACGUUGAAUUUCAGUGCGAGUUGGACAUCCAUUUCCAUGAAGCACCGUUGACAUUUCCAGCCUACAAGCCACCCAUUUCCAAGCUGACUAACAAGUCUGGGUGCCCCACUUAAGACCUUAUUUUUUUCCCCAAAAGUGCUGAGCAGCAGCCCUUGAGAAAGGAAAACCCCUUCUAGACAUCAAAGCAAUCCAGAAUCAUUUUUGCAAAUGCAGGCCUCUCUAAUCCUGUGUAAUUGUGAGCAGACCCCAUUCUCUAAUAGCCACAAAGAAAAUGGAUCAGAAAGAAGAAAACCCAAGGGGAUGCAUUUAUGCCUUGGGUAUUUCCUGAGCCUUUAGGUGACCCCAAUGACUAUUAUUUCACAUGCAAAGAAUCAUGUUGUGAGGGAGCAUGGAAGGUGAACCCCUCUCAAACACCGUAUGCCCUUCUAUCGCCGGGAUCAGAAGAGCCCUCUUUGUACUGUGCAGCACGUCGGGUAUCGUCAUCAGCUCCCAAACGAUGCAAUUCAUACACGCUCUGCCUACGACCGAGUGACUCCCCUUACUCUUGCCCAGCACAAGAUCAGUCAUUCCUCAGAAAAGUCUCUCGUGUUUACUGUUGUAAGAAACUUGUUAAAAAGAAAUUUUUUUUUGUUUGUAAUUAUUCAGCCGAUCGCCACGAUAUAUAUCUGUGAAUAAGAAGGGAAAAUGUUUUUUAUGAUGGUGAGAAAAUUGUAUAUAUAUUUUAGUUCAUCGCAAAACAUUCGGAGUUGUAACGGGAUACAGUGGAAAAUAAUAUGUAAAUUCCUUGAUUUUUUUUUUUUUUUUUCCUUUGCACUAACUGGGAUCGGAGGGGCGGGGAGAGGGGAUCUAAAAGAUAAAAGGGUUGUUUAUGGAAUAGUUUAUAGUGGGGAAUUUGGAAGUCAUUUGGAGUAGCUUGUUAAUGCUGGAAUAGAAACUUUAGCUGCUACUUAGAAACCCUUUUGCAUGUGGUUUUUCCAGAUCUUUUUAAGUUACAGUACAUCCAAGUAAAUUCCACAACAAAAAUAAAAUGUAAUUUUCUUGAUACAAUUUUUUUUCCAACCAUGGUUUUUACUGCAAAUAAACAUACAUUCUUUUCUGCCUAAGAGGAUCCAUUUCA